AUGCCGCCACGAGUUAGAGGUAGAGGUAGAGGAGGAAAGGCGCCGAUUUUAACGAGAAAUGAUCACGAAGCUGGGCCAUCUCACAGGCACACACCAUCCGCGUCAAUCGGAUCGAGUCCUCAUGAAGAUUGGAGGACCUACCUAGAGCCUGCGAGACACUUUGUCUUGCUUAGCUCCUUGCCAUCAUACCACGAUUCAUUCGGACUCCUCCAGAACAAUGAGUCUGACCACUCGCAUCACUCCUCCAUUCCAUUGCAGCGUUCGGGUUCUCACAGCGCCUUCCAGGACCCGACCCCAUACUUCCAGAGCCGGUUCAAUCCGGUAAACCAGGUGAAAGAACCAGAGGGUCCAAACCCUUUGGGACCAGUUGAUCAUUAUCCUGAGAUGCGGGAUAUAGAGUUGGAUGAAGAUCCAAAUCCUGAGAUGCCACCGAGUGGGACGCCCACACAUCCCAUCGAGAUUUCUAACGGAUCAUCUUUUCAUGGUUCGCCAUACAGCGGUCCAGACAGUUUUGCUGAAAGGUGGGCCACAUACAACUGGGAGUACACUCCUCCUUUCAACCCACAACAUCAACAGCAGCAGGAUCCCUCUGAGGAUUCGUGUUUCCAGGCAGUCACGCCACCGCCAUCACCACCGCCAGAACAGCAACCGCCUCCAAAACCACCCAGGCGCAGAAGAUCUGGUGCACGGAUGUCCGUGCGAGGGGGUUUCCACUUCAGCACCCCCCAACACUCAAGCAACAGCCACUACCCGCCGUUGUACGAAGACCCGCAAAUGGGUGGGCCUUCGAACCCAGUUUCUAAAGUCGACUCAAACUACAAUGCUCUUCACCCCGAAGGACCCUUUCAAGCCGCGUACCCAACUGGGUACCCAGCAUAUGUGUAUCAAUACCCACCACCUCCUCAACCUCCGCAGCAGCAGCCUCCGCAACGACCACAGAUCCAACCACCGCAGCAGCAGGAAAUCCUUCAGAGGUUGAACCAGGUGGAACGAGAGGUGCAGGAGGAGCGUAGAAGCCGCCGGGGUCUACUUAAGGGUUUGGCAGACUUACUAAAGGGGAAGAAGAAAAGGGAUUAUUAA